CUAUUUGGGCAUAGCACGUGUUCGGUGUGUUCUUUUUUCACGCGUUUCUUCAAUUAAUCGUAUCCCUCUAAAUACUUGUGCUUUUUUUAUUUUUUUUUUUUAAUUUAGUUUAAUUUUUAAAUAUAUAAUUGCAAAAUGAAAGUAAAAACUACAGUACCAAAACCAAAAUCAUUUAAGAAAAAAAUACCUGGUGGUAUAACAAAAAAUAAAAAAAUUUCAAAAUCUACCAGUGGUGCUGUGAAAAAAAAUAUUGUGAAAAUUACAGAUGCGUUCGAAGUUUUAAAAUGUGGUAACGAUCUAACUGGUAUUUCAUGCUCAAAAGAACCUAAACCUGCAAAAAUCAAAAAGUCUGCCAAAUCGUCUAAUGAAACAAACAAGAUUGAUGAUACAAUAUCAAAAAGUUCUAAAAAUGUCAAGAAGGGGUCUAAGAAGCCUGUUGUACCUCAAAAACAGAAGAAACCGAAGAAGGAAACAACCGAUGUUGUACCAAAAAUGUCAAUGAAGUCAAAAAUACUUGAAUCUACUAUGACAGAAGUUAAUUCUGAUGACAGUGAACCUAAGCUGGAUAUUGAAAAGGUUGAGGCGGCUGUGAAAGGACUUUUUAUGUUAUUAAAAAAUCAAUCAACUCAAUCAAAAACUGAACUGUGGGAUGAGCCCACACCUAUACAUUUAGUAAUUACAGCAGUUAAAAUGGGAGUAGGUCCAAAACGAGUUUUAAGAAUAGCUCUACCAAAUUCGUUGAUUACUGAUACAACUGAUAUAUGUCUUAUUGUACCAGAUCUUAUCCGUGGGCGAAAUGUUGACCACGAGAAAACUUAUCAUCAUUAUAAAGAUUUGCUUGCUCAAAAGGGCAUCAAAAAUAUAAAAACAAUUUUGCCAGCCCGACAAAUCCGAGUUGAAUAUAAUGAGUAUGAAGCUAGAAGAAAUUUAUGUCAUUCUCAUGAUGUAUUUUUGAUUGAUCAAAAAAUCAGUGCUUUUAUGGUUAAAAAAUUAGGAAAAGAAUUUUAUAUUAAACGGAAGUUUCCAAUUACGGUUAAAUUGAAUAAAAAACACUUAAAAGAAGAACUGGAAUCUAAGUUACACAAGACAUCAUUUUUUCUUGAUUAUAAAGGCACAACAAAAACUGUUCAAGUUGGUCACAUGCAGCAAACACCUAAACAGGUUGCGCAAAAUAUCAUAGCUGUUUUCAAAUAUCUAGAAUACAACUAUCCAGGUGGUUUAAAAAAUAUAAGGACUCUAUUGAUAAAGACUCCAACAUCUGAAUCUUUGCCAAUUUAUUAUUCAAUGAUUUCUAGGAAUGAAGUUAAAGGACCAUACAGUAAAUCUCAACUUUUCUCUAAAGCUAAAGAAGUUGAAGGUGAACUGUUUGGAAAACGUGUAUUGGUUAAACCUAAUGGAGAUGUCACAGUUUUGUCUGAAUCUGAUGAAUCUGAUAAUGAUGAAGAUAAUAAUGUCAAGGUUGUAAAUAAAAAUAAAACAAAUGAUGAUGAAGAUUCUGAUGCUAAAGAAGAUAGUGAAGAAGAUGAACAAUCAGAUUCUUCAGUAAACAAAGAAGAUGAGAAUAAAUCAAUUAAAAAAAAUGGUUCUGAAUCUGAUGAAGCUGAUACUGAAGGUGAAGAUGGUGAUGAUGCAGAAGCAGAAUACUUAAUAGAAUUUGAACAGACCAAAAAAUUACAAUCUAAAAAAAAACGAAAGCAAGAAAAUGAAGAGUCUAAUAAAACGGACGAAGUAAAAAAUAAAUUGUCAGAAAAGAAGUCCCUCACAAUUAAAAAUAAAAAAGUAAAUAAAGCAGUUGCAGUUAAAAAGAAGAAAUUAAAUAAGUAA